UUUCUUAUUCUUUUUCACUUCUAUGGCUCUCUUCUCAAACUUCUUCUCUUUUCUGUUCUUCACAGUACUUUUCCUGUCUCUGCAAAUCCAUGCCAGAGACAGCCAGUUCUUCAGCAAAGUAACACAUGCCAACGACAAUAAUAUUAAUGGGAUCAAAGAAACUGAUCUUCCCAGCAAAGAAGAACCAGUGAACAAGCAGCCAGAGCAAGAGCCUGUCUUCGUCCCUGAGGCUCAUGACAGCUAUGGCCUCUACGGCCACAAGUCCGCCGGCCAGUUCCCUCCGGCCACCACCACCACUACCAUGACGACGUACCCGCCGUACAAGACUGAGUCUGAGGAGUACAUGAUGAGCAAGUAUCCAAACAAUAAGUAUUAUUCCUACUACAACAGGGAUGCUUAUAACACAAACUACUACAAGGAUGCUUAUGGCAAUGAUCUGGACAAUACAAAGCACACAGAAGGAGGAUACGAGUCUGUAAUGUCGAAGAAUCAGAUGAUGAGGAAGAAGAACCAGAUGUUCUAUAACAGCAACAAUGGUGGAUAUGAUGAUAGGUAUCACCACAAUAAUGGUGAGAGGCAAGGAAUGAGUGAUACUAAGUUUAUGGAAGGUGGAAAAUACCACUAUGAGAAUAAUAACUCCAUUGAAGGAUAUCAGAACCAGGGGUUUGAGGGUAACGAAGAUAAGUUUCAGCCUUGAACUUAGAUCAGUGAUAAGUUAUUAGAGAGGAUAGGGUUAAUUUGUGAUGAUGAUUUCUUAGUUAAAUUCUACUGAAUCUUGAUUUUGGAUCUACCUAGUUUCUGUGUCGUUCAUAAUAUGUAAAAGUCAUGAAGCAUGAGAGCACAUGUGUGUAGCUUCUGCUUACUGCGAUAAUGCCAAGUUAAGAUUGCUUAGUUAUUCGUUUUCAUCUGGUUUUAAACUUCCUUUGCUUGUUUAUGCUGCUGUUUUCAAAUUAAAUUGAUUAACCUGUGAUUAUA